CCCUGAUUUUGAAUCCCCCCAAACAAAAAGAAAUAUGAUGGCGAUGCAUUUUAUUAAAUGUAAUCUGCUAUUCUAUAUGUGGAUUCUUGUAUCACUGAAUCCUCGAACAUAAAGUUUGAUAUUUCUUACUUCAUCCAAGAGUACUGAAGACAGCAUUACGUACUAGUACACAAAACGCAUGGGUUGUGCUGUCGCAGGAGGACUAAUCCAUCCGGGUCCAGCACCCGCCAACGCGAUUGACAUCGUGGCCGACUCGCCUGGCGAAGGAUGGGAUCCGAGUCACACAGUCUUCGAUAUCAAGGCCCGUGCAUCUUUCAUGGACCCUCGCUUGCGGACUUUAGUAGGCAUCUCGGAUCGGGAGUAUGAAUAAGGCACACGACGUUGAGACGUUGAUUGGGUUGUUGCAAUUUCUGACUAGAACUUUAUUUGAGGAUCAAAAACAUUUUAUCUCGCUAGUAAUGCCUUGUGAAUCAACGCGUAUUGAAUGUCGGUUGUUAAACCUGCUUUCACUACCAUACUUAGAUGUAAAAUUAGUACUAGCACCUGUGCUAUCGUCAUCGCUAAUGAGAAGAAGUUAUGGCUGAGGUGAAUAAAGUUAUCGUGGAUCGGACGAGGUCAGAGCAAUGCUGUGUCUGCCCUCCAAAUUGGAAGCUUUUCGCGAUGUGGUGUGCGUUGGUCGUCACGAUUUUCGCAAUACUUUUAUGACGAGGCGACCGCGUGGCAGCUAAGAGAACGACAUAAGUAAUUUACCUUUUGUUGACAGGACGACUCUUGAUGAUUUUCGUACUAAUAUGCUGAUGGAUGCACCAUUCCUUGUUCAAAUUGAAGUCGAUGUCGAAGCACACUUCGUCCUCUUCUUCGAUGCUGCACGUCGUAAGGAGUUUGUCUCUGGUACGUGAGGAGGUGGUUACCAGCCAUAGCAUCAUCUCUAAUACAAGAUUGUCUUAUUGCGCAGAGCUACAACAAGCUCGGGCCUUGCCACCAGGUGGUGAAGAAGUGGGAACGUAACGGCGUCGUGGUCCACUUCUACAAGGGCAUGCCUGGAAAAAACUGCUUUAACAAUACAAUCAGAGUUUACCUGCCGAGCAACAUGCUUCAGGAUGCUGCUGUCUAAAAUAUAUUGAUGAAAUGGUGAUUCGCGACUACCGAAGAUUGUGAUAAUUCGUCUUCAUCUUCGAAUUAGUAAGGACUGGCUUUGGGAAAGAAUUUAUUAAGUACAUUUUUGUCUUUCAGCACACCAAAAGACGACGCUUAGUAGUCGCGAUCAUCGGUCAUCACGUCUCCACGGCAGUGGCGAGGCCUCCUCCCAGAUGUCAACAUAAUGGAAUAUCCAAGGCGAUAUUUUAGCCGGGUUUCAGUUUUGGACUGCUUUACAAAAAGAAUUGUUGAUCUGACAUAAGCACAAAUGUGAAGAAGUAGAAGUAGAACCUUCUGGUCUCGUUAAUCUUUACGCGAUGUAAGACCAGUGAUUUCGCACACCGAAAUGUUUGUGACCACGUGCGGUCUUUCAUAGUGUACAUCGAGAUUUUUAAGCCGGGAUCUUUAUGUACCUUUCUUGUGGUGGGGAGAAAACAAUAGGUCUCUCAUUGCAAAAUGGCAGGUGUCAAUACUAAUAUGGCUGUUGCUGCUAGCGGACCCACGGAACAUGUUGCAUGUGAGAAGUCAG